UAUGGCUUCCCAGUUCAGCGGUGUGUUGCAGUUGACAGACCUCGAUGACUUUAUUACGCCCUCUCAGCAAUGUGUAAAACCGGUCAAAGUAGAGAAGAAAGGAGGUAAAUCUGUGGCCAAAAUUCAGAUAGAAGAUGAUGGCAGUUAUUUCCAAGUCAACAAGGAUGGUGGGAAGCAGAAGCUGGAGAAAGCAAAGAUCACACUAAAUGACUGUCUGGCCUGCAGCGGCUGUAUCACCUCAGCUGAGAGCGUCCUCAUCACACAGCAGAGCCACGAGGAGCUCUUCAAGGUGCUGCACAGCAACAAGGACGGUGCAGCAGAGCAGAAGAUAGUGGUGGUAUCAGUGUCGCCUCAGUCCAGAGCCUCUCUGGCAGCACACUAUGACCUCAGCAGCAGUGAGACGGGCAGGAGGCUUACUUCCUUCUUCAAAGGCCUUGGGGUUCACUACGUGUUUGACACCAGCUUUAGUCGGACCUUCAGCCUGCUGGAGAGCCAGAGGGAGUUUAUAGAGUGUUUCCAGAAUAAGGAGCAGGACAGCAAGGCCCUGCCCAUGUUGACAUCUGCCUGUCCAGGGUGGAUCUGCUAUGCAGAAAAGACUCAUGGGGAGUUCAUUCUUCCAUACAUCAGCACCACUCGUUCUCCACAGCAGAUGAUGGGCUCCCUGGUUAAAGGCUAUUUCACUGAGCAACAGCGGUUGAGUCCUCAGCAGAUCUACCAUGUGGCAGUGAUGCCCUGCUUUGACAAGAAGCUUGAAGCCUCCAGGUCAGACUUCUACCUGAACGCAGCAGAAACCCGAGAGGUCGACUGUGUCAUCACCUCAGCCGAGGUUCAGAAAAUGCUGGAGGAGGAAAAUGUGUCCCUUAGUGAUGUGGAGCCUGCACCUUUAGAUCCAAUGUUCAGCAGUGUGUGUGGUAACGACUUCCUGAGCCACUCUGGCAGCGGCUCAGGCGGCUACCUCCACCAUGUCUUCACCUCCGCUGCCAAGCAGCUGUUUGGAGAAGAGGUGAAGAACCUCACCUACAAGACCCUCAGGAACAAUGACUUCCAGGAGGUGAUGCUAGAGAAAGAUGGAGUUGUCCUGCUGCGCUUUGCUUUCACCUACGGCUUCCGCAACAUCCAGAACCUCGUGCAGAAGCUCAAGAGGGGCAAAUCACCUUACCACUUUGUAGAAGUCAUGGCCUGUCCCUCAGGCUGUCUGAACGGAGGCGGACAGUUGAAGCCCUUACCUGGUCAGAACCACAAGGAACUGCUGCAGAAGGUUGAGCAGCUCUACAAGGCAGAGCAGACUGUAGCGCCAGAGGAGGAGACGCGUGUGGCCGAGCUCUACCAGUCCUGGCUCAGCAGUGUGGGGGAGGAGAGAGCCAGAGAGCUGCUGCACACCCAGUACCACACUGUGGAGAAGAUGACUAAUGGACUCGUUAUGAAGUGGUGAAGGAAGAGGAACAUUGUGUUGUAGCCAAAACUCAAGUACAGCUGAGAGGGUGCAUUUUCAAAACCUGACAUUAUUAAUGUUUCUUCUGUAGACCGUGACCACAGAACCGUCCAAAAGAAUGCCCAGCUGCCCAGAGCCAACAUGGCAUAGGGAGGAACUCGCUUCUUGGGCUUCUUUAAUAUUUCCUUUUCUCACUGCAGGAAUCUCAGCACCUCUAUGGGGUCUGUCUUCCCUGUGAACUUCUGCACUCUUUCCUCCCUGCAGCAAAGGGAGGAGAGGUGAAAGAGAGAAGGAGAAAGUUUAACAAGGGCAAGGCAGGGGACUAACUUUUUAUUUCCUGAGGCCAUUUUUCAAGCUAUUUUAGGAGAAUAGAACCUCAAAAUGUCAUUUUGAGCUCUGAAAUAACUUGUGCCUCCACACACGCCUACUUUUAUCUUCUGUGAAUAGUUUGUCACUGUGUGUAAUUAAUAUUUAUUUUGGUUGAAAGCCCACUCAGCAGCAAUGUUCAUAUUCUAGGUUUGACACUAAAGCGGGUCAUUUCAAGUGGUUUAUACUCUUGAUGUACAAAUUCUACCUCGGCUUUCUGUACCACAGAAACUAAUUUAAAAAAUUGCAUUUUGUUUAUAUUUCUUUUUACACACGCUAAUAGAUAUAUGGCAUUUUUAGUUCUGUUAAAAAUUAUAAACCUGUCCUUAGCAUGUGUUGUCAAGAAACUCAAUUGGUCAAUUUCGGAGGUUCAAGCAGCUCUACAUACUGAAGUGGUGUACACUUCAGCUGAACUGUCACCCUCCAGCUGGCACAAUCCCCCAGCUAUCUGGGCACACACGUACCUGUCUUACAUGUGGCCCAGUUACUCUCUACAAAUUGAAGGGCAAAAGAGUCUUUCAAGAAACAUUAGCUGCUUUGAGGCCAGCCAUGGAAAGGGGGGCCCCACAUUGUGUUUGGGUGCCCUUCAACGAACAGCUGACAAAACUGGAGGAGGAGUUAUUCCAAAUGCAGAGGCCUUUUUCAACCAGCUGAGGAACUUGGGCACUUCAGUAGAACUUUUUGUUGUGGGAGAAGGAGAUGUUGAGAGUGCAGGAAAUGUUGGAUACACUCCUACUUGUGCCUGUCAAAGGAUCAAUGAAAAUCCACAAAGUCAUCAGUUUCUCCCCAGGUAAAUACCGGGAUGUAACUUACCUUUGCCAGGCACACAUGGGUGUACUGGAUUGUGCCUGCUUUGGGCUGAAGAAGUUGAAUCGGAUAGAAGAGCCAAGCCCAGCAUCAUAAGGUCAAAGGAAAACACUGUGUAGUGUUGCAUGGUGAACCAUGAUGGUGCACUCUACCCAGAACUCAUCCUGGAGGUAGAAUAUGAUUUUGAGAGUAAAGUGCAUAGUUAAUGGUAAUGGUUAAUGGCUGUUGAGGGGAAUAAUGUUUACAU